UAUGCCAGGCCCACUUACAGUUUCUCAUAUUUGUCUGUACACUUAUCGACCGGUCGGGCUGUUCUUCUGACGCGGCUGCCAUUGUCCCCGUCCGCGCCGCCAGGUCGCCGGGCUGCAGCAAUGUAUCAGGCCCGCUUUGAAUCAAACGUGACCCACAUUGCUGCCAGCGUUUGCCCGUAUAUCCUGCCAGACGAUCAUGAUCGAUUCUUAUAGGGCUCUUGUCAAACGCUGUUAGGAGCCAAAUAUCUGCAACUGCAGUACAGUCAUUGCUUUUAACAUUAAAUGAGCGUAUACGGAUGUAAUAAAAAGGACUAUGCAAGGUGACUUAUUGUGGCUGACCCCGAGAGCCGUUGUCUGAGAGAGAUGGAGAGAGAGAUGGAGAGAGAGAUGGAGAGAGAGAGAGAUGGAGAGACGGGGGCAAUAUUGAAUCUUUUUCUGCGAUUAAAACAUUUUUAGCUUUCACGACGAUCAUAUUUGAUCUACUGCCCACCACAGCUCUGUUCUGAGAUGUUACAGAUUUAUCAAAAUAAACUUUUAAAUUAUCAGGAGCCACUGGUACCAACAUGAUUUAAAAUAACGGGGAGUGAACGGUACGCGAUGGAUUACCUUAAGGCAAAAGGAGCUUUCAGUUUGACACUCAGAAUAAGACACUUUUUUAAUGUAAUUAUGGAUCUUUUGGUAGCAAGGGAAUGGAGUGCGUAAAUAUUCAUUUGUACACACAUGGGUUUAUGAGGUUGAAAGUGACUUUGUAGUCUGAGCUUUGCCAAGUAAACAUUUUCCGUAUUUAUUAUUCCUGUUGUGUUUAAAAAUAAACAAAACAAACCCGUUAGGUAAGGCGGACAAAGCCAGGGCAAAGGAAAAUAAUAAUAAAAAAGUUACAAUUAAGCUAUUAAACGGGGUUAUCAAUAUAUAUUAACAUCCUUAGUUAAACUUCAGAUCCCAGAUGCUCAACAAACUUGAGAAAACCAAAAUAUUCUCCACACGUCGCCAGAUGUAAAUGUGGGACAGUAGAAGGACCUACUUUUCGAGCCGAUAAGUUGAUUCACCUAUGGGGAAUUAAUUCAUAAUAAAUAAGACCCACUUACAAAUAUAGGAUAUUUUGACCUCCCAGACAGAGGAUGUCGGACAGUACCGUUUGAAUUCUUUAAAUGUCGCGUAUUAGGCUUUAUAGAUGGGAAUGUAUUACUUCAAUAUAGCCUAAUAACUUGUACUGUUGCAUAUUCCAUAUUAUCUUUCCCGUGUCUCCCAAUGCAACCUUUUGAUACUAAAGUGAAUAAUACAGCGAAACAGAAAUAUAUUUUAAAUUCCGCUGUAUAAAGUUUCAGAUUCUGUUUCCCGUUGCAACAAAAUCUUAUGGGCUUUCAUUGGAGUUUCUAACUUUUGAACUGAUCUCACCAGAACACUGCAUGGCUUAAAGCGGGAGCAGCUGGUGCGCCGGAGCUUCUCUUGCGGCGGCAGCUCGCCGUGGUGAUGUGCGCGGCCGCCGCUGCGCCUCCUCUCAUCGCCCACCAAGGGAUGUGUUUACGCGGAAACUCUGCUAUUUCUGAGUAAGGAGCUUACCGGACCCAGAUGUGACCUUCAUCCUUUAAAUAAAGUCCAGAUGUGGAUGCACCGGUGUGAUCGGUGUCGGAAAUCACGCGCGUAUGUGAGGGAGCGUUUCUAGCAAAAAACAAAAAAAAAACGUCGCUAUUGCUAAGUUCUGUCUGGAUAGUGUAAGCAGAGGCAGGUUAGAGGGGUGGGGAGGUACUCUUACGAGGGGGUGCACAGAUCGUGGCUCCGAGAGAGACCCCCCCUCUCCGUCACAUUCAACUUGUUUCAUGCGCCUGACCGCCGCACGGACGACAACAGAUGGCGAAAAUCAGGGUCUCUUAUGAGUAUUCGGAGGCGGAGGAUAAGAGCAUCCGGCUCGGUCUGUUCCUCAUCGUUUUCGGGAUCUUGUCCCUCUUUAUCCUGGCGUUUUGCUUGCUGAGCCCCACCCUGCAGAACAUGCAGAGCAAGCCGGUGAACUGCACCGUGAUAUCCGUGCAAAAGGUGGAGGAGAUGUUCGAGUGCGUGUUCAGCUGCGGGGUGGAUUGCAAAGGCACGUCGCUCUAUCCCUGCCUGCAAGUCUUCGUCAACAACUCCGAGUCCAACUCCAGAGCCCUGCUGCAUUUCGACGAGCAGCAGUUAGUCCUGAAUCCUAAGUGCUCCUACGUUCCCAAGUGCGAGCGGGACAACCAGAAGAACAAGGAGAAGGUGCUGGUGUGGCAGGACUUCUGGAUCUACAACAUCAGCUCUCAGUCCUUCACCUGCUUCUUUAACCAGCAGCGGAGGCCAGAUGACGUGCUGUGGAAGCGUUCCCUGGACGAGAACGUGCUCCUGCACUGCGUCCUGUGGCCCCUGGUCAGCCUGCUACUGGGCACUCUCAUCGUUUUGCUCACCAUCUGUGCCCGCAGCUUGGCCGUCCGCGCCGAAGCCAUCCAAAAGCAGAAGUUCUCCUAGGGGCCAGCAGGGGGCGUCAGUAAACCUUACUCCAGGAGCAGGUGCUCUAUGUCGUGGGGCCUGAUCGAACUGGAGAUGGACAAAUGUUACAGAAGCUCCCUUAUCCUAGAGGACAAUGCAGGAGGCAGCCUCUGUGGCCAUAUUCAAUGGUGUAAGACCAUGAGCUCACUCCAAAAGCAGUCUCUCACCUCUCCCUGUUACUGCCCCCCAGACGUGACGCUUAUGUGACUGUCAGCUUGUUCGUCUAUGAUCCAUGUUUCUCCAUCUGAUAGACUCAUUGUGCUCAUUCAGCUCAAGUGAACCAUGAGUAGGGGGCUGCUGUGAGACAUGGAAUACACUCUUGAUCUUGGUGUGAUAAAUAUAUGCAACAAGUUGCACGCAGGAACCUGCAUAGAUGUAAAACAAAACAGCGUUGUUCUGUAACCACCCUGUUACGUGUGUCUUGGCAGUGUUUGGUCUCCAUGGUGAUCAGACGUUGGUUCUCUGGUCACUCUGUAUUCUGGAAGAUCUCUGAUGGUAAGAAUGUGUCCAUUGCGUAGAUAAUGUGUUCAGUUAAUGUUGGCUGUUAAGUCUCAUUUGUGUGUGUGUGUGUGUGUGUGUGUGUGUUUUUAAACCAGAAGUCCUUAAUUUUAUCAAAAGGCCACCACUUUGAAUAACUUUGCAGGUGUUUUGAGGUCCUUACUUUGGAAAGGUCGAGCACCUUGUGUAAUGUAGCGAUUUUUAAAAAUUAUAACCCACCAACCAAAGCCAUCUGCUCUUAGGCCCUGGGAGGCCCUGGCCAAUUUAAAAGGCAAUUCUUUUAAAAUAAAGUUAUUUCACAUAAUUGAGAAUAGAAUGGCAAGCAAUCUGAGACAAUAUGCAGGGGCCUGUUAACCAUAUUGGAUUAAAAUCUUCAGACUUUAAAUUCUAAUAUAAUUAUCUGUAUCUUCUUCUGUGAUUCUUGAAAGUCAGGUAAUUACAGUACUUCUGCCCUAGAGGUUAUGUUGGGGUGUCUAGGUUUCUGAAAAUGAAAUAGAAGUUUUGAAAGGACUUAUUCUGUUUCUUUGAUCGACUUUCCAGUCCUCAUACGUGCCCAGCGACCUUAAGAAAUGGUCGCGCUACAGGCUGAAUCUAUGCCGUGCCCCUUCAGUAAUGUGUCAGGUUGCUGAGUUGUCUUUGGAGCGCAUUCUGGGAGCUCAUGUCUUGGGGAGACUCCAAGCCAGGGCUGCUCGUUCUCAGAGUGCUCCUGCUCAGCCUCUAGGAGAGCGCAGUCGUCAGCUAUCCCACAAUUCACUGUGUUUAAUUAAGUGUUUUAAUCCUAGAGACAGGAAGAUUGAGAAAUUAGGAUAUUGCUGCCGCACUUGUUACGACCAGGCAACUUACCCGAUAGGUGCCCCCCCCCCCCCCCCC